CAAGCUUUUCCCUCCCCCCACUCUCCCCUUCCCCUCUACAUCCAUCCCCACCACUUCCUAACACAACCCCCGUUCGUCUCCUCAUUCAUGGACGAAUGCAGGUGAACAGUAGUGCGGCGCACCGUUUUGGGACAUUUGAGGACUACAGAUCUGGUAAGGGGGGAGUUUCCAUUUUUGGGAAAGAGGGGGUUGAGGGGGUUCGUUUGGGAUGGGUUGUGAAACGUUGGUGUGUGUGGUUCUGGUGUAGCUUGGGGUGGUUCAGCCGGUUUGGGGUUCUUGUCUGGUUUUCAUGUGUGUGUGUGUGUGUGUGUGUGUGUGUGUGUGUGUGUGUGUGUUUUAGGGGGUUGAGGUUUUUGUGGUAUGGGUGAGGUUAUUUGUGGGGUUUGGGGUUUGGUUGGGUGUUUUGUGGUGGUGAUGGUGAUGGUGAUGGUGAUGAUGGUCAUGGGUUCGUGGUGUCUAUUUUUGGAC